AAAAACUAACAUACAUUCUAAAUUACAGAACCUAUAUUUCUUGCUCCAUUUAUUAAGCCGCCGUCCACCUCCUCCAUUGUCAACACUCAGCCGGCCUCCUCUUCCAUCGAAUUCUGUCAAGUUUCCAGCCGUCCUCCUCCUCCUUCACGACUCCGCCUCCUCCUCCUCCAUUUUUUUUCUGUCACGACCCAGGUGAAUGAUUUUGUGAGUGCAAAACGAAUUACAACAGAUUAUAUAGCAGAGACAUGGCAAGUCAAGCAACUUUUAAUGGCAACAUGAAGAAAGCAUUGGCCGGCCUCAGAAGAAUCAAUCUUGAAGGUUUGAGAUGGAGAGUAUUUGAUGCCAAAGGCCAGGUCCUUGGAAGAUUAGCAUCUCAAAUUUCAACAGUAAUUCAAGGCAAGGAUAAACCUACUUAUGCUCCAUAUCGUGAAGAUGGAGAUAUGUGCAUUGUGAUUAAUGCAAAGGAUGUAUCUGUUACGGGAAGAAAGAUGACUGAUAAGUUUUAUCGUUGGCAUACAGGGUAUGUGGGUAAUCUCAAGGAAAGGAGCUUAAAGGAUCAGUUGGCAAAGGACCCUACAGAAGUUAUUCGCAAAGCUGUCUUGCGCAUGCUUCCUAGAAACAAAUUACGUGAUGAUAGAGAUCGGAAAUUGAGGAUUUUUGCUGGAAGUGAGCAUCCAUUUGGUGAUCGGCCCCUUGAAUCAUAUAUAAUGCCUCCUAGAACUGUACGAGAAAUGCGGCCACGUGCCAGACGGGCUAUGAUCCGAGCUCAGAAAAAGGCUGAACAGCAACGACAAGGUGCCAAUGAAAUGCAGAAAGGCAGGAAGAAAGAAGUUGAAGUAGAAAUCACGCAUUGAAAUUUGGCAUAAUGAUACAGGGAAAAGAGGAUAUGACUAGAUGCAACAUUGAAAGAGAUAGCAUGUGUCUCCCUUGAUGGUCUUUCUUUUUGCUGUCUAUAUGUAACCACCAUAAAAUAGUCCUGGAUCCCGCUAAAAAUUAAUUUCAGUUUUCAAACAUUUUGCAAAUGCAUUCCUUGAGGUGCUCUGAAAGUGAGUGCAUUCUUUGGAUACUCUGGAAGUGAGUGCCUUGGAUGCUCUGAAAGUGUGCUAGGAGGGAAUAUGGCCCUAAUAGAUUUUGUGCGCGGUAGUUAUCUAGUAGCCUUUGGCAAAAAAAAAAAGAAGAAAUUGUGGCAAAGUUUCUGCCUGGAAUUAAAUGCUGAAUUUCAAAGACUGAUGGUUGUUGGUAUCCAAGAUGUACAAAACAAUAAGAUUAUUGCUCCAUGUGUAUCAUGCAUGUGAACUAUUCUGAAAAUUUACUAACAAGUGGUAGAUUUUAUGUUUUUAUCA